UCAAAUUUACUUCCCAUCUGCGCCAUGAAGAACCCAUUCUCGCCAAAAGAAAUGAGCGGAACGGGCUCCCCGCCAUUAACAGAUACAUCCGGGGGCUCGGUGGACCGCGAAAAGCGACGGAGCAGUUCAUUCGACGAAUCCAAAGUGCCAUGGGUCACCUGGCGAUCCCUGACGCUGGGAGCAUUCGUGUCUAUCGGUGGAAUCAUUUUUGGAUACGACACGGGACAAAUCUCCGGCUUCCUGGAGAUGAACAACUACAAGCAACGAUUUGCGCAGUUGAAGCCGGAUGGGUCUUAUAAGUUCAGUAAUGUUCGUUCUGGUCUGCUUGUUUCUAUGCUCUCCAUCGGUACUUUAAUCGGUGCACUCCUGGCCGGACCACUCGCCGAUCGUAUUGGGCGAAAAUGGUCAAUCUUCGCAUGGUGUAUCAUGCUGCACGUAGGCCUGAUCAUCCAAAUCUCCUCACCAUCCGGAAAAUGGUACCAGAUGAUGAUGGGCCGGUUCAUAACGGGCUUUGGAGUUGGAGCAUGCUCGUUGCUGGUUCCCAUGUAUCAAGGUGAGAUUGCACCGCGACAUAUUCGCGGUGCAAUGGUCUGCUCCUAUCAGUUGUUCGUCACACUAGGAAUCUUCGUCGCCUACUGCAUCAACUACGGCACCCACUCGAUGGAUAACUCGGCCUCCUGGCGAAUCCCCCUCGGAAUUACCUUUUUCUGGGGCUUGACCCUAGGGUUUGGAAUUCUACUCUUCCCCGAAAGUCCGCGACAUGAUUAUCGGAAUGGACGCGUCGAAUCUGCCAAAAGAACCAUGUCGAAGCUUUAUGGGGUUCCGGAGAAUCAUCGGGUGAUUGUACACGAGCUUCUCGAAAUUCAAGAGCAACAGGAAGCGGAGAAGGGUUCGCAGGGGGGCUGGCAUGGCUGGGUCGAGAUAUUCCAGGCACCUCGAAUGCCAUACCGGAUUGUUCUUGGUGUUGUUCUUCAAGCAUUGCAGCAGCUUACCGGAGCUAACUACUUCUUCUACUAUGGAACGGUUAUCUUCAAUGGUGCCGGAAUCAGCAACACAUACGUAACGCAAAUGAUUCUAGGAGGCGUGAACUUCGGCACGACAUUCGGUGGCCUGUAUGUCAUUGAACACUUUGGUCGACGCAAAUCCCUUACCACAGGCGGAAUCUGGAUGUUCAUCUGUUUCAUGGUAUUCGCGUCUGUGGGACAUUUCUCCCUGGACGUAAACAACCCACCGGCAACACCAGGUGCCGGCAAGGCGAUGGUGGUAUUUGCGUGUCUUUUUAUCACGGGAUUCGCAAUGACAUGGGGCCCGAUGGUUUGGGCAAUUGUGGCAGAAUUAUACCCAUCUCGGUAUCGAGCGCGAGCAAUGGCGAUGGCAACGGCGUCAAACUGGCUGUGGAAUUUCCUGAUUGGAUUUUUCACGCCGUUCAUCACGCAUGACAUCGACUUUGCGUAUGGAUAUGUAUUUGCCGGAUGUUUAUUCUUCGCCGUGUUGAUAGUGUUCUUCUUUGUGAUUGAGGGCAAAGACAAGACUCUCGAAGAGAUGGACAUGAUGUACGUGAUGCGAGUGCCACCGUGGAAGAGUAGCAAAUGGGUGCCACCUGCGCCAGAGCAUCAGCUCACCACUGCUCAACUCAUGGAUCGAGGGUUCGCAGAGGGAUAUGAUAAGGAGGAGCAGGCGGCUGCUAAUACGAAGAAAAGCGAGGCCCCAGCUCAUAUGCAUGCAGAGGAUGCGACUGGUGCCGGGCCUUCGACGGCCUAA